UCUCGUGAAAGAAAAACUCUGCCUAUUGCACAUAUAGCCAGCCAAGCGGCGAGGACUGCCUGUUUUUUUUUUGUAGAGUGAAGAGUGACGGUUACGAAAAGAAAAAAAAAGUUGGAUAAAAUUUAUUCGCGACCGCGUCGUCAUUUUUCGCAACAAAUUGCUGACGAAAUUUGGCUCAGUGUAUUGGUGAAAAAUCGGUUGGUUGGUGGAAACUCGCCACCGAAAAAUAAGAAGGCUCAACCAUGUGAGAGGUGGUCGAAGACGAAAGUGAAGGCGCAGCAGUGACCGAACCCCGAAAGAGAGUGAAAACUGAUGGAAAAAUCCGUGAGCCGUGUCCGUUUUUCCAUGGCGGCGAAGAUUUGAUCAUUGGAGAUUCGCCGAAAAAAAAACCGAGAAGAUUUUGGCAGAUUUACGACCGUUUAGUGAUAGUGACCAUUUCGAAGAAGAUUAACUCCUGAACGAACCAACUAGACCUGCAAGGUGAAUCUGAUAGGCGAAUUAAAAACAGCUUCAGCGAUCGAAUCAACGAACCCACCAGCAAGUGAGGGAAGUUCGACGAACGCCGUACAAAAGCUGCGCGUGGUGAUGCAAAAGAUAUGAACACUGAACCGAAACCGAACGCGAAGAAAGUGCGGAAAAUGAAAAGUGAUUCUUCGUUAAACGAUAAAUUCGGAUAGCCAAACAGUACUAGUAGUGUGUCCGUCAAAAAUGGCGGAAAUCAUCAAGCGACGGCGGCACCACGUGGUGUUGGCCCUUUUCGUACUACUUGCCAUCGUGGGAUCACACCGGGCGUACGGCCAACGGGACACGAUCUGUCCACCGCAGGACAUCAUCCUGCCGUGCCGAUGUUCGCAACGGGCCAGCGAGAUUCAGAUAUGGUGUUCGCACAGCGAUCUCCCGCGAGUUCUGACCGGGCUGAAAGCGGUCUCCAAGGCCAUCAACCGGCCCAUUGACGAGCUGAUCCUGGAGAACAACUUCCUACCGUCACUGCCGGGAAGGACCUUCGCACCGUUGAACAUUCUACGGUUGAUGCUCCGACACAACGGGCUCGAGCGGGUCUCCAAUGGGUGGCUCAACGAUCUGGACAAAAGUCUCGUCGAGGUUUUUAUCGUGGAACGUAAUUUACGCAGCCUGCCUGCCGAUAGUCUGGUCGGUCUACGGAAGCUGGAAGCCGUAACGAUUCAGAGUGACAGCUUGAAGCGUUUGCCGGACUUUUCCGGCUUACCCAAGUUGAGAUACGUCAGUGUUCAGAGUUCCUCGUUGAUCGAGGUUUCGCCGCAGAGUUUCCGGGAUUUGAAGAACCUGGAGACGGUGAACAUCGCCGGGAGUCGUACUCUGACUCGACUGGAGGGUGGACUGUUCAACGACCUCCCCAAGUUGAACUUGAUCAAUCUCGCCGAGAAUGGGAUCGAUUGGGUCCACUUGAGGGCGUUCGUAGGACUGCCCAACUUGAAGACACUACAGCUUAGUGGUAACAAGAUCGCCGACGCCGGAAUGAUUGGUAGAGCGGUGAAAGACAUUCCAAACUUGUCAAUUUUGAAGAUCGAUCGUAAUGUGAUAUCCAAACUGAACGAAGCCAGUUUCGUUGAUCUUCCUUCGUUGAAGGAACUGUAUCUGAACGAUAAUACAAUCACUGAGAUCUACCACGGAGCAUUCCACAGGACUCCAAGUCUAAAGCUGGUGCACUUGGAGAACAACUAUCUCCGGAGAGUCCAUCCGGAGUCGUUCCUGCAAGCAUCCGGAAGUGGAGUUGAGGUGAUUCACCUGCACCAGAAUGAAAUCGGACGCGUUGAAGAACUUCGAUCUCUGCUAGACGCUUUACCUAUGCUACGAUUCCUCGAUUUAAGCUACAACAAGCUGGAAUCCAUUCCAUUCGGUGCCCUACGAGGUCACGGAACCUUAGAACAACUAUACCUGAACAACAACCGAAUCCGUAUGAUCGAGCGAGACGCCUUCAUGGCCAUGCCCGGCCUUCGCGAACUCCGCCUAAGCAACAACUCUCUAACCGACCUGCUACCGAUGCCCUUCUGGAACCUCCCCGGACUAAAGGGAAUCGACAUCUCGUACAACAACUUCCGCCGAGUGGAUCCAACCCUGCUCGUCGGCGUCCCUUCCCUGCGAAGAUUCGACAUCAGUGGCAACUCCCUCAGCAUCCUCGAUCCAGCUGCCUUCACGCACACCCCAAUGCUCGAGACCGUCAACAUCUCCUUCAACGAGCUCAGCCUGAUCCACCCAGCGACCUUCCGCGACCUGAACCACAUGUUCGAGAUCGACGCUGGCAACAACAAACUGCAGGAGAUCAUUCCAGGACUCCCGAUCGCGAUCGAACGGAUCAACCUACAACAAAACCAGAUCGCCAACUUCCCCCAAAACCCAACCAACUCGCUCGAUCUCCCCGCACUCCGCAUGCUGGACAUCAGUGGUAACCUACUGACCCGCGUGGCAAAGGGAUCCUUCCAGACGACACCCCAGAUGCGCAUCCUCAGCAUGGCUCGUAACCAACUGCAGAGCAUCGACGAAGGCAGCCUAACCGGGUUGAACCGACUGGAAGUGCUGAACCUGCAGGAUAACCGCCUACUUGCCCUGCACGAACGAUCGCUCGCUCCGCUGGAGAACCUUCGCGAUCUCAACCUGCAGGGAAACCGUAUUGAAGUGUUGGUUGACAAUCUGCUCGAUAGCAACGGGAACCUGGAGCGAUUCGAUGCUUCGCGGAACAGUAUCGUUGAGAUUUCGUCGAAGGCGUUCCGCAACAGUAGAUCGCUGCAGGUUCUGGACUUGUCCGGAAAUAAGUUGAGGGAGCUACCAGAAUCGCUUUCCGGACUAUCCGAGCUUCGAGAAAUUGACGUCAGCUUCAAUCAGUUGACGGAACUGACGCCGACGGUGCUGGGAUCGUGGAGAAACUUGGAAGAGCUCAAAGUUUCGAACAAUAAGGUGAACCAACUGCAUCAGGGAUCGCUCAGGAAUCUACCACUUCUUCAGUACAUGGAUCUGUCGAGCAAUGAGCUGACGACUUUGGACCACGGAUCGCUGAGAAACCUACCGGAGCUGCAAGAGUUGGUGCUAGCGGACAACCGAUUGACCGAUUUGAAGGAUCGAGUGUUUGAGGAUCUUCCCAAUCUUCAGGCCGUCCACCUCCAGCAGAACAACCUGCAGCUCAUCUCGCCGCACACCUUCUACCGGUCGCCUUCGAUCGUCUACCUGAACCUGUCCGCCAACCAGUUCCGCAGUCUGGACAGCGUCGGGCUGCGCAGCGUACGGAACCUGGAGGUGCUCGACCUGUCCGGUAACUUUAUCCGCCGGAUUACGCCGAACCCGCUGCGCGGACUGGACUGGCUGGUGGAGCUGAAGCUGGACGAUAACAAGAUCUGCGGCAUCCAGGGCGAACCGUUUGCGACGAUGCCGCGGCUGCGGGUGCUCAGCAUUCGGAACAAUCGGAUGUCGCGUGUGCCGGAGCUGAUAUUCCGCAACUUGAGGAGCAACAUUGCGAUACUGGAUGUUGAUGGUAACCCACUGGACUGCAACUGCGACAUGCUGUGGUACCUGGCUUGGCUGCAGGAGACCAGGAAUCUCUACCCGGGACCGCGCUGCCGGGACGGAAAGAUGUUGAUGGAUAUGCGACUCUCGCGGAACGAGUGCCAAUCGGAUGCCAGAACGGGAACCGGUCCGGACGAGCAAUUCCCGCUAACCAACGAUCACGGAGAUGUGUUCCUACGGGCGGCGGACUUUGACGACUGCGAGUCGGAGAACUACGAAGCGCUUCCGCCGGGACCUGCGCCGGGUAUCGUGCCGGGUGUGGCCGUUGCACCCUUACCGGUGGAAAGUGAGUACUUCUCCAACCAGUACAUUGACUAUCCCAAUGCGCUGAACGACAGUAACCUGGUGGGACGGACUAAUGGAUCUGCUACCUCCUUUUCAGGAGAGCCCCCGGGUCGGCACAACUUUACCCAGAACUUCAUCGACUUCAACAAUAACAAGUUUAAUCAGGUGCCACCGCAGGUGCAGAACAAUUCUCCGUUCACGUUCUUCGGAGUACCGAUACCUAGCUUGAACAUUGGGAAGAUGUUUGGGGGAUCGGGAAGAAGUUCCAACAACCGAGCGAAUGCCGGAACUCGUGGAACGGGUCGUGUUCAGGUGUAUCGACCUGGCGAACCUUCGAUCACUUCCAUAUUCAAGAACGAAGAUCGCCACGACAUAGCGAUACCUCCGAAGAACUCGGAAGACAACCAGGAAAAGAACCCUGGAGCGUCAAACGACAACAACCUGUUCUACAGACCGUACUUCCAUACGUCCUUCCAAAAGCCAGACAUCCAAAAGGGUGGAUUCACCCCUGUGAUCCCUGGUAGUGAAGGUGGAUUCUCACCAAUCACAGAUCCCACGGUGAAGAUCAUCAAGCAGAACAUCUCCGGCCCGGGACGGUGGCCCGACGAGUUCCGGGAUCGUGUCUCUCUAGUGUCCGAUACCAACAGCUAUCUUCAGAAGAACCAAUUCAAGGCCACGAUCAAACCAUCCCAUCACGCUCCCUACUUCGUGGACGGAAUAACGUACGGAGAUCCGGUGCAGACGCCUCCUCCACCAAAGAAGACCGGAGAAUCGAACAAGGACAGUACAAACCGCUUGGAGGUCACCGAGCGACCCAAUCCAACGGGAACUCACAGCACUCCGCGCAAUUCGGAAAUGGAAGAAGACGAAGACGAAGAAGAUGAGGAAGAUACCGAAGAUCAGAUCGAGCAAGAUCAGGCUCCUCCGUACCGCGAUCCUCCCAAGUACGAAGACAGCGACAUUACGACCCGGUUAUCGAUAGAACUUGGAACGGCCACCACUGCCGGACCCCAACCGGACUACAACAAACCAUACACACUGCACAAGAACGAACCAACCGUGGUCCGAGAGUUGACCCGUGCCCCAUCCAGCGAAUUCUACGACGCGGUCAACCACUCGCCAAGUUCCCUCUCAGCGCUGGUAUCCUCCUCGGGAACCACCGCCCAAAACAACGUCCCCAGCGGAGCUGGAUCCGCAAAACGACCCCCGGGAAAAUCAACCAUCGUAAAGGUGGCAGCCCCCUCCUCCACCGUAACCCCAUUCGUCGGAAGUUCCCCCCGCGGGGACGAAUACUCACCCGGAACGCACCGAACCGGCCUGGCCAAGUACCAACCCGACGGGGGUGACUUUGUCACGCAGAGCAUCGCGGACCUGGCCCAGCAUCACCACAACCAUCCGAUCGGCGGGAACGAGAUUCGGAAGCGCGAAGACAUGGACUGGUACUAUGCGACGUACAACCGGACGCCGAUCUACGACGAGUUUGAGCCGGGGCUGAACUCGUUCAAGAGUGGUGCUGGCAGAGGAGGGCAAAGCUUGGCGUUGGUUGUGUUGGGGAUGGCCGCCGUCGGAACCAUUUGGAGAAGAUGUUUUAUGAUUUAGUGAGUAAGAGAAGUUGUGCACCAGAGCGGAGUUUGAAGAUUGAACAGUGAAAACACAAUCAGUCGAAGCAGCAGUGAUAUAAGUUAAGUGGAGCGCCUUAUGAAUUCCAUCCAUGUGUAAAAAGAUUUCAAGAAUCCUUUGAAUAAAGUUGUAUAAUAGUUGUAGUUUUA